UCUCACAAAUCUCAAUCUUCCUCCUUUAGAUAAAACACUCAAAGGAGCAGCCUUUCUUUCUUCUUCCAUGGCAGCCAUGGCCGUUGCAACUCUCACCCCCUCUCUUUAUUCAAACCCUAAAUCCUCUUUCACUGCCUCAUCCUUCCAUGGCACGCCAGUUCAUUCUUCUCGCUUCAAGGCCAUCAAAUCCACCGCCGCCACCUCCACGAUCUCCAUGUCCCUAACCUCACCACCUUACGAUCUCCAGUCCUUCAAAUUCCAGCCCAUCAAAGAAUCCACGGUCUCCCAAGAAAUUACCCGCCGAUACAUGACCGACAUGAUCACCUACGCCGACACUGACGUCAUCGUCAUUGGUGCCGGCUCCGCCGGACUCUCCUGCGCCUACGAGCUCAGCAAGAACCCCUCCGUCCAAGUAGCGAUCAUCGAACAAUCCGUCAGCCCCGGCGGUGGUGCGUGGCUAGGCGGGCAGCUCUUCUCCUCCAUGGUGGUCCGCAAGCCGGCCCAUCUGUUCCUGGACGAGCUGGGCGUCGAGUACGACGAGCAAGAGCACUACGUCGUGAUAAAGCACGCGGCCGUGUUCACGUCCACCAUCAUGAGCAAGCUUCUGGCUCGGCCGAACGUGAAGCUGUUCAACGCAGUGGCGGUGGAGGAUUUGAUCGUGAAAGAAGACAGAGUGGCCGGGGUGGUGACGAACUGGGCGUUGGUGUCGAUGAACCACGACACACAGUCGUGCAUGGACCCGAACGUGAUGGAGGCGAAGGUGGUGGUAAGCUCUUGUGGACACGACGGGCCGUUUGGAGCCACUGGAGUGAAGAGACUGAAGAGCAUCGGCAAGAUCGAUAGCGUUCCAGGGAUGAAGGCGCUGGACAUGAACGCUGCAGAAGAUGCGAUUGUGAGGCUGACGAGGGAGGUCGUGCCUGGCAUGAUCGUCGCUGGUAUGGAAGUUGCCGAAAUUGAUGGAGCCCCAAGAAUGGGUCCGACGUUUGGGGCGAUGAUGAUAUCGGGGCAGAAGGCGGCACAUCUGGCUUUGAAGGCGUUGGGGAAGGAGUAGAACAAUACGAUUGGUGGGUCUUAUGAAGUUAGCAGUGAAGAAACUGAGCUCAUUUUUGCCUCUGCUGACACUGAAGACAUUGUUGAUGCUUAAUAUAUAUAUAUAUAUAUAUAUAUGAAGUUGGAAGUUUUUGUUGUAAUUUUUACUGCUCUUGUAGUUUCCGUAGUUUUGAAGCAAAUGUGUAAAGGGUAAAAGAAUGUGAAUGAAGCAGAGACAUUUCAGUUUGUCUCA